GUUAUUUUUACCUUAAAAUUUUCAAGUAACAUGUAUAAAUGCCAGGCGAUUCCAAGUCGAAAUAUACCGUUAAGAACAUCCAGGAAACCAAAACCUGAAAGCCGGCCAAGCCCAGUUUCCUUUGGAUAAAUCAUUCACAGUAACCUGAAAGACUGCUAAUUCUUCUUGACCGGCAACUCAGCAGUCCCCACCUUCCCUCCUUUUCCUUUAUCAAUCAAACUUCUUCCGAUCACUUUUCUUCAUUUUUAGCUUUUCAUUAAUUACAGGGGAGGCCCAUCCCCAACUGAAUCACAUGUAAUAAUAAUAAUUAGAAUAAGAAGAUCGAUUUGUCUUCUGAACAAUGAGUGAUAAAGAGAAGAGGGAGAAAUGCGGCGGUGAUCGGAAGGCGGUUCUUAGAGUGUCCUGGAAUUGUGCGGCGGAGCUCCUCCUCCUCGUCACUAUCUUCCUUAUCUUCUUCUGCGUUAUUAUUGUUCUCCACUUUACUUUCUCUCCCACAAGCCUUAGCAGCUGCUUGCCCAGACCGCUCUCUGUUUCCGCCUCACUCUCUUCCCCAGCCACCGCUUUCCCUCCACCGGAAACAGACGUAAAAAAUGGCGUCUUUAAACGGGGCUUCAAUGGGUUUGGCUCCGCCGCCUACAACUUCAUACUUAUGUCGGCGUACAGAGGCGGGUAUGACACCUUCGCCGUCAUGGGUUUGGCUUCGAAGCCUCUCCACGUUUUCGGGCAGCCCAGUUACGUCUGCGAGUGGGUCCCGGCGAAGGGGGGACCUGUUUCCGUCUCCGGCGUGAAAAUCCUUCCGGACUGGGGGUACGGCCGGGUCUACACGGCGGUGGUGAUCAAUUGCACAUUCCCCGUUUUCGUCGGAGAAACAGGGGUCGGCGGGAAACUCUUAAUCCACGCCGCCACAAACGGUGGAGGGGAUACGGAGUUCAACGUCACCGACACGUUCACCGCCAUGACAGAGACGCCGGGGGAUUUUGCCGGUUUCAUGUCCGUGUUCUCGUCGGAGCCGAGGUACGAUUACCUGUACUGUGGAUCGCCGGUGUUUGGGAAUCUGAGUCCACAGAGGAUACGAGAAUGGCUGGCAUACCAUGUUCGGUUUUUCGGCAAGAAAGCCCAUUUUGUGAUCCAGAACGCCGGCGGCGUACACCCGGCGGUUAUGGAGGUGCUCCGGCCGUGGAUGGAAAUGGGGUACGUGACAUUGCAGGACAUAAGAGAGCAAGAAAGGUUCGACGGAUUUUAUCACAACCAAUUCUUGAUUUUGAAUGAUUGCUUACACAAAUACAGAUUUAGUGCGAAAUGGAUGUUCUUCUUUGAUGUUGACGAGUUCAUCUUCGUCCCAAAGAAGAGCUCUCUUCCGGCGGUGCUUCGGUCUCUCUCUGAGUAUACGCAGUUCACCAUUGAACAGAUGCCCAUGUCUGCGAAGCUCUGUCUCCGGGAGGAUUCCGGCAAGACAUCCCGAAGAUGGGGGUUUGAGAAGCUAGUAUAUAAGGAUGUAAAGACUGGGAUAUGGAGGGAUCGGAAGUAUGCCGUGCAGCCCCGCAACGUGAUAGCAACGGGGAUUCACAUGUCCGAGAACACGACGGUGGGGAGCAAGACGACACACCAAACCGAGGGACACAUCAUGUACUACCAUUACCACGGGACCGUCGCCCAACGAAACGAACCGUGUCGACAAUUCAUUAAUGCUACGUCACUCACCGUCGACGAAGUCCCGUACGUACUUGACACUACAAUGCGAGGCAUCACACGGUUUGUGAAAAAAUUCGAACUCGAAACCAUUGGAAAUGUGUUACAUAAUACACACCAAUAAUCAUAUUACUGAUGUGUUUCAGUCCUUUUUUUAUUGUGAAAUUGUAUAUGACAGAAAAACAAUGAUAAAUACCACAUAUUGUGGUUAUUGUUGCAUAUAGAAAUAGAUAGGCUGUUUAUGUGUUAGUUCAUUUAAACAAUGUUAUACUCUUGUAUUUAAUUAAUGUACACAUGUAUUUUUUUAAUCAAUGGGAGAACAAGUUGGGUUGAUAAGUUGAUCACAAAUUUAUUUGUUAUA